UGCUCAUCGUAACCUCGAGGGCGUACACGCUUCAAGAGUUGAUUUCAACUGAUUCGACCCCAAGCAGUAACAAUUGCUCGACCACCGACAGCUUUCUCAUUCUUCGUUCUCCAAACGAGGCACGAGAGAGCAAGAUGGACACGAUGGCAGCGGAUGUGCUUGUGGACAGUACGACGAACAACUCGAACGUGUCGCAUCCGAGAACGUUGACCUUACCCAAAGACUGGGAUGAGAAGCCAAGACUAAAGUUUCCGAAAUUCACAACGGAGGAGCGUUACAAGAUGAUGAGUUUACAUCUCAAUAAGGGAUGGUUCGCUUUCGAUUUUCUCAGAGGCUUCUUGUUUUUCGUACAACCUUACGACAUACCGACCGAUCUACUCGUGGACGCCGUAGAAAAUCGCAUAAGCACCAGUAAAUUGAUUUCAGAGUCUAUGCACGUGGAAGCAGCUUUUCUGGUCUUAGUAGGCAUGUGCUGCGUAUUGGCCUGCAUAAUACCUGGCGUGGAACUUUGGUUCGCCUGUCGUCCAAUCAGAGAGGAUUACAAACCUUCUCAGCAUCCGAGUGUUCUCGCAUUUCUCCUCACCAUUCUCGUCUUUAUACUCGGGUCUUGCAUGGUGACAAUGAUAAUAUGCAACGAGGUGGUGGCGGUCGGGAUCGAGAAGCUCCCUAUGACAGUAGAGACGGCGUUACAGGAUUUAAAGGACUACCACGCGGAUACCACAUCACAGCUGCGAAAGUGCCUCACGAGAAGUUUGGACGUGACUAGUGAAGCUAUCCUCGCGGAUCUGGACAAUGUCGAGGAAUUAUUGGGCGAACCUGUGCAGGCCGAACUCUCUACCGAGACUGGACUUGACGUGGCAUUGGAUGCGCUCGUUGACCUGGGAAAUGCGACGCAAGAGUUAUCUGCCAAAACCGAAUCUUUGCUCAGGGAGGGUGAGAGAGCUCACGAACUCGGAUUGGAAUUGAGUAGGGAAACGAACAAGAUACGACGGGACUUGGAAGGUGCGGUGAGAGCAUGCUCGGGUCCAGAUCGUUCUCUUUGUGCUGUCAUUGACUCUUCGGGGAUUCGCCUGGAUCUACGGAUAGAACGGCUACUGAGGGACGAUCGUAUUUUGCGUUUACGAAGCACCAGUCGGGAAAAUUUGACGGAAGCAGGACGUCAGGCUCGCGGAGAGUAUCUCCACGUACAGCAUCACAUUGCCAGGACCACACUGGAUGCUCGCAACCAGAUUCGACGUGAGAUUAAUGCAGCACGUGCCAGGAUUGUCGAUCACACGCGCACUGUAGAGAACAGUUUUGAACUCUCAAAGCAGCUUAUAGACUCUGUAAAGAACAUCACGGAUUACGUUGUACCGUAUGUUAUCGCUUUCGAACAAAUCAGAUGGAUCAUUGGAACAGCUACUGCUCUGUGUAUUUUACCAAUUCUUUCGUUACUGAUUGGAGCUUUAUGCUGUCGCUGCGGAUCAUCCGAAAAUAAAGUGCGUCCAACUCUUUUGUG